AUGCCACCCAAUCAACGCGAAAUCCAGCGACAGCUGAUGAAAAAGUACAACAUCAUUUUUGACGGUCCAAUUGACUCAAUCACCAAUCCUCACUGGCCGAGCAACUGCAACACCAUUUUUGACCACAUUCGGCGACUCGGUAAAACGGAUUACUCAGAAUACCGUGAGAGCAUAUCCGCAGACUUCACGCGGUUUCCAUGGAGGCACCAGGCUCAGCAGCGCGCAAAGCGUAUUACAAAGAUUGCCAAACGCUGCUUAGAGAGCAGGAAGAAUGAAAGCGGAUGGCGUCUGGCGCUCGAAUUAGAAGUCAUGGCCCGAUUUUCUGUAGAGAUUGCCUGUCGGAAUUGCCGUGGACGACUUUGGCGCUCUGAACCAGAGCAGGGAAUCAGCCCCUUGUUCGACGACAGAGCUGAAGAAGCAAUUAUCUAUUCUAGUGAACUGCGAGCGGAGCUCCCGAAACGCGAGCACCGCCCCGAUCGAGUCUUUGGGCUACAGGUUACCGAAAGGCUCUCUCGGCUACUAAACUACGCCGAGGAUAUUAGGAGUAGCCCGUUCAGGCUAGACGGAGAUCCUCUUGUCUAUCCCUUUCUGGUGAUUGAAGCCAAAUCUGAGAAGGGCAGUGAUGCUUUCACCGAUACGCAGGUUCAGACUGCCUUCGCUAUCAGAGAGCUACUCUCCAUACAGCAGGAACUAGCCCAUGUUGCGAAUGAAAAUGAAGAAUGGGAUGGAGGUCCACUUGUGUGGUUUCUGUCAUACAAAGGCGAGCAGUGGAGAGUAUUCGCAGCUUACAUUCAUACCACCCCCGAUAAGAUAUCUUACCGAGUGGUUCGUCUUUGGAGUGGCGGCGUCGACUCGCUAGAUGGUGCACUUCAACUGCUUCUCAUUAUCGACUAUAUCGCUGACUGGGCACGGGACAUCUAUCGCGAAGGCAUCGCCCGUAGCCUUCAAAGGCUUGCGCCCACUGACUCGGAGAGCUUGAGGCGCGAUGACGAUAUCUUCUCCAUGGCUGGAAAUAUCAGAUCGUGGAUUGCCAGUAAUUUCGACAGGAGUCACGACGCAAAGGACCGGCCUAUGGGAGACUCUCUCUGCAAAUUCGACUGCGGGUCAGGAGUUUUUCGAGACGCUAGAUUUGUUGAGUCCCAAUGCAUCGGUUUAGUUAUCACCCACCACAAUGUCGAAUCCUUUCUGCGGACAGCCACCACGGACAGGGAGACAAGAGGUUUGAUAUCCGUUCUUCUGGAGAGCUUAGAGCGUCCCUGUCUUGCGAAGGGCCAAGUACUCAACGACUUGGAGCUCAUGUGGACAGACACUGACCGCAAUCUGUCUGAAAUACUACAUCCAGAAGACGUAUUCUAUGUUGUCGUUGUAGCAACAUUUUAUCUCAGCCCAGGCUGGAAGCCAACGAGAGAAUUGACGUAUCUAGCAGUCUCAAAGAAACUUGUUCAAGACUCUAUCCGGUCCCCAGAGGGGCCACUUUCAUCCACCAUACAACUUGAGAAGGCUCCGAUGGUCGAAGACUUAGAAUCAUUCCGCGGGCUUCUUCAUAUGUCGGCCGAGGAUAAUUUGAAUGCUUGUCUUUAUAACUUUUGCCUUCGGACUGAUAAGCCAACCAGAGCUCGACGUUCGGAAGUUAACUAUGUUUGGAAGGCCCUACCGACAGUUGCAUCGGAUGAUGCUGAUCGGGAGCUACAAGACCGAGUUCUGCGAGCUUGUGCACGACCUAGCACAAGGGACUUUCUGGCUAGUCCGGAGGAUUUGCAACUUCGACUCGACGUUUUGGACCAGACAGAAUGGCCCUGGGCAGACGAUAGCAGUUUCAAAACAAUGAAGGAAUCGAAUAAGGAAUUGAUCAUUGUCAGGAGAGCUGCGCAGGUCACGUAUUUCCAAGCGGAUAUGUGUAUCUAUGUUCUCGAUACAUCAUUGGCGCAGCGAGGUAUUCCCCAAGCUCUAUUUUCUUGCCCACCGGAGACUCACGUUCUCAUGUUCAAGUUUGAUGAGGAUCCCAGCAACAUUGGUAGGUGGGGAACCUCCUCAUAUCCAGAAGAUGAGUUCAGGAAAGGUUGGAACCUUGCUAUUCAUACUUCAGACGACAUAGGCCGUCUAAUGGAUCACUUUGAGAAGUUGAAGAAAGAGCUAAGGCAGUAUCGAGGGUUUGGAUUACUAUCCAAGUGGAAGCACGUUACGACGGGUUGGGCCAAGGAUCAGAAUACUGGGUCUCUGGACUUUCCCUCUAAUCGGCCUUUUAUAAGACAUUCAUACCAAGCCCCGCUGAGUAGCACAUUACUCAAAGAGGAGGACUAUGGAUCUGACCGAUUGUCUCCAAUGCCCUUCCAUUCUGGAGUUAAACAGGCGAAUGAAGUUACGAGGACAGCAGGAGCAACGAAAAGGAAAAAGGCCCAUGGGGGCGGCGGAUGA